CGCCUGAAGGCCGGUCUGCUCUUCCCGGCAUGCAUUGUUCGGGACGAGGCCAGUCGGGCGCAAAGCGCGGGGCCGGAGCGGCCUUCCCGGAAUCCUUUGCGCUGUACCAGGCGACAAAAUGGCUGCCCGAGGGAGACGGGCGGAGCCUCCAGGCCGGGAGGCGCCGGGCCCCGCGGGCGGCGGCGGCGGCGGCGGUGGGAGCCGAUGGGUUGAGUCAGGGCCGGGGACAUCGCCCGAGAGCGGGGACGAGGAGGUGUCGGGGGCGGGUUCGAGCCCGGUUUCGGGCGGCGUAAACUUGUUCGCCAACGACGGCAGCUUCCUGGAGCUUUUCAAGCGGAAGAUGGAGGAGGAGCAGCGGCAGCGGCAGGAAGAGCCGCCCCCGGGCUCGCAGCGACCCGACCAGUCGGCCUCCGCCGCCGCUGGCCCCGGUGAUCCGAAGAGGAGGGGCGGCCCGGGCUCCACACUUAGCUUCGUGGGCAAACGCAGAGGCGGGAACAAACUAGCCCUCAAGACGGGAAUAGUAGCCAAGAAGCAGAAGACGGAGGAUGAGGUGUUAACAAGUAAAGGUGAUGCAUGGGCCAAGUACAUGGCAGAAGUGAAAAAGUACAAAGCCCACCAGUGCGGUGACGAUGAUAAAACUCGGCCCCUGGUGAAAUGACCCCUCCCCCGCCUGCCCACGGCCUAGGACUCUCUGCGAUGUACAUAACUAUUUAAUGCAGCAGCAGCGGCAGCCUUCCCCCAGGACUUAAACGCAGAAGGAAACUGAGAUGCUUCCUGCAGCUGCAGCCGAUUCUCCAGGACUCUUUUUUUUACCUUGAGCACUUGCCUCAUGAGACUUAAUAGAACGGUGGUUUACUGUCCCCUCUCUUCCCAUCUCCUUCCUCCCUCUGGUUCUUUCUGUCUUCCUCUUCUCACCCUCCUCUUUCUUUCUCCCUUUAGCCAUCACUUCUGGGAAGUAAAGAACUUGACUUAGUGCC